AUGAGACUUGAUAGCCCUCACACACCCAUAUGCGAUCCUAACUCGAAGGAAUUUCAGGAUGAGCUGACCAGCACUCUGAUGUACACGAAACAAUGCGUUCAACAGCGUCAGCAAGAUGGCGUGCUCUCGUCCAACGAGCAGUUUUUUGAGCUGCAAAAUACGCAAUUGUAUGCGAUUUGUCUGGAAUAUUACUUAGGCAUGCUUACGUUAAAACAGACAUUCUUUCAGCGUGGUCAAAGUAGUGACAAGACUUCGGGUCCAUCGGACAACACUUGCAACGUCAUGUACCGCAUUAAAUGCUUGCGUGAGGCUGACGUGUUCUUGACCAAAUUUUUAGAUCGUUCUGAAAGUAUUGGUCUUCUUACGGAGACAAAACGACGCGAGCAGUAUGAGCGUUUAGAGGGCAAACAAUUUUGUAUCUCUAGAGACGAAAAGAUCAAGCGCUUUAAGUUGCAAAGCGACAUGGAAAAGAAACUGCAAGAAGUGAUCAAGCGGCGCAAGAGUAAAUUAGACGAGAAUGAUUGUGGGCAGGGUCAGGAUGACAUGGAGGAUAUCGAGCGCGAGCAGCUUUUGACGUUCAUUCAGCUCUCUGUGGUCAAAAGUAUGGAAGAGCAGGCAUCAUUACAUCAGGAAAGGGAUAUGCUCGAGUCCAUGUUGAAAUUAAACGAGGCUAGUGAUGAAAAAGAUUUGUUUUCAGAAAAGCAUAGACCGCCACCACCACUUCAAAAUCAGGGAAUUAAAAUAACGCGAAUCAAUUCGCAGAUGGAAAUGCAGCGCGAGAUUAUUCGAUCCAGUGUUUUCAAGCCUGGUCAUCGCCUUCCCACAAUGACAUUGGAAGAAUAUGCGGAUCGGGAGGCUGCAGAAGCGAUAGAGAGGCAAAAAAGCGAAAAGGAUGUACCACAGGGGCCGCGUAGAUACGAUCAACUCAAAGAAGAUGGUGAUGAAGACGACGAAAAGUUAGUGGAGGAAGCAACGUAUAGAGACCGUGCGUGGGAUGAUUGGAAAGAUGCUAAUGAGAAAGGUAUAGGUAACAAAAAGGGCUCGCAGUUCUAA